AUGUCCGGCGCAAGACACUGGGAACAAGAUAAGGAAGCCACGGUCUACAUUGGCAAUCUCGAUGAGCGAGCGACCGACAGCUUGGUCUGGGAGCUCAUGCUGCAGGCUGGGCGCAUCGUGAAUGUCCAUCUGCCCAAAGACCGCGUGACCCAAACGCAUCAAGGAUAUGGCUUUGUGGAGUAUAUUAGUGAGGAGGACGCUGAAUAUGCCUCUCGGAUCAUGAACGGUAUUCGCUUAUACGGAAAGCCCAUCCGUGUGAACAAGGCGUCUGCAGACAAGCAGAAGUCGGUCGAAAUCGGUGCCGAACUCUUCAUUGGAAACCUUGACCCCAUGGUCUCCGAACAAAUCCUCUACGACACUUUCAGCCGAUUUGGAACAUUAACCAGCCUUCCCAAGGUUGCGCGAGAUGACAAUAACCUCUCCAAGGGUUACGGAUUCGUGUCAUUUGCCGACUUUGAGUCCUCCGAUGCCGCCAUCAACAACAUGAACGGUCAAUACCUCAUGAACAAGCAAGUCUCGGUGCAAUAUGCCUACAAGAAGGACGGCAAGGGAGAGAGACACGGUGACGAGGCCGAGAGAACACUAGCAGCCCAGGCGCGGAAACACAAUGUCCGACCUCCAACCCAGCAAGUCGCCCCUCCACAGUUCCCAGGGGCUGCUGCUGCACCACCUCCUGGUGCUGGUGCUACUACCCCCGCGGCUCUGCCGAACGGUGAAGCAUCGCGGCCCGUGAGCACUGCACCGCAGACGCCCGACGUGGGUAUGGGUAGAGGUAUGCCCAUGCCGAUGAAUUACCAGAGUGUGCCUCCUCCCCCGCCGCAGCAAGGGAGGCCCAGCGGCCCGCCUCCAGCAUCACUCAUGACCCCUCCCCCCGGUCUUCCUGCCCGCCCUCCGCCGUCACAGGCUGGAUAUGGCGGACCGCAGACUUACCUCCCACCUAAAUUCAAUGGUGCUGGGCCACAAGCUCCAUUCCCCCUCCCCCGGCUGGAGCUCCUGCUCCACCACCUGGCUUGGCCCCUCCUGGCUUUGCGCCGCCCCCAGCAGGCGCGAUGGCACCUGGUGCACCACCUACACUUCCUCCUGGUUUCCAGCCGCCAGGUUAUGGGGCUGGUCGCUGAGGAAGGUUUAAUGGUUCCGGAGACAUGGAAAACCGGCCAUUCCAGAGUCGAAUACAUUACGCACUCGUUCCGUUACCGCCCAGUCAUCGAGAUUGGCUCCGAGAGCGACGGAACAGCGUCAGAUUUCCCAGCAUAA